AUGUAUGACUUAGAUUACACUGUGGGCCGCGAGAGCCGGGGNCCGAAGCCGAAACACAGCACAAGGGUCGGGAGCACACAGCACAAGUCAACUGCCAACAUUAUUCGUAUUAACAUUAUUCGUAUUCGUUGGGUUCAGCAACUCACCACCAGCAUCCAACCAAAACUAGCGGAUCACCGGCGCCACAACUUUGUUCCUGAUCAGCUCACAAGUCUGGAGGGAACGGGCAUCUAUGUGCAGAUCAUUAUCCACAUCAUCCUAGACCUGGGCCCCUUCCUGCUCAUUGUGGUGAUUACGCUGGCCACGUACACAUUCGCAUUCCGGCAGUUCAUCAUAUACUACGAGCAGCAGGUAACUCAUCAGGAAAAGAACCGAUCGGCGGAUGCUACAUCCCGUGAUACCCAGGAUACUACACAGUCCAUCUGCCCCGUUUGUGGUCAGGUGGUCAACGAUGGUGGCGGCAACAUUUCCAACAAGUACACCAAGUUAUUUAAUGGCUUCCCCAACAGCUUCCUAUCGGUCUACUACUUCAUGGUAUGA